CCUUUCCCAGCACGAGUGUUAACCGGAUUCAAACUGUAUCUACCGUCGGAUUGUUGCUCACCGGUGCUGAAUAGGGAGUAUUCAUCGACAGCCGGGCACUACAAUUCCCUCGGCUCCAAGUUGGAUUUCAAAAACGGGUGUGCCGAUUCCGGCCCUGCUGGUAUUGGUGGCGGCGGUAGUAGUGCACCCUCGUCUGGAUUAAGCCCGGCCAGUCCCGAUUCGCAACAGUUUAACAUCUUUCCAGCGAUUUUCAGCCGUCAACUGAACUUUACCGGAACAGGAACUUGCGCUACCAGUGCUCAAGCAGCAAAUAAACUGAUGGACGACCUCCGACCGAAUCUCGUCGGUGGCCUACUAGGCCUGCAGCAAGGCCUACUGGAUGAUCACAAUCUGUCACACGGAAACCUACAGCAUAAUGCCCAGGAUUCGAAGUUUAUGUCACUGCAGGACAACAGACUCAUGGGAAUAGGAUCGCAUGAAAACCGCCUACUGGGAUUAUCGCAGGAUAACCGAACACCCGGCGGUGGUCAAAUAACCGCCGCAGACAAAACCCUCCAACGGAAGUGCAGCAGUACGCCGGAAGAUUUCAGUGCCCUGUACGGUGGAUUAACGGGAGCUUCCAUUAGUGAUCAUCACCACCAUCAUACGCCUGCCCAUACGCCCCCGAACCGGUUGAGUGACAACGCAUCUGUGACAGCGGAAGGUGCUUUUAAAAAACUAAAACCCGAACCAAACAGUGGACUUUCGUCGGUGUCCGGUAGCAUCUCGUCACCCGGAAGUGGUAUCUCGUCCCUGCCUCAGCAUGCCGGCCACACGCCUACCACGGCAUCCUGUCCGACACCGGCACGAAGGCGGCAUCGGACCACAUUCACUCAGGAACAGUUAGCAGAACUAGAAGCGGCCUUUGCAAAAUCCCACUACCCCGAUAUCUACUGUAGAGAGGAAUUAGCACGAACUACCAAACUAAACGAAGCAAGGAUACAGGUCUGGUUUCAGAACCGCCGGGCCAAAUAUCGCAAGCAAGAAAAGCAAUUACAGAAAGCGCUCGCCCCCUCGGUGAUACCGUCGUGCAAUGGCAUGAUGCGAAACAUACAAGGCUACAGCGUGUCCCGAGGUUAUCAACCGUAUCCCCAUCCAAACUCAAUCAAUCGAUAUCCGCAGGAUCUCUUCCAGAUGGGUGCCUCGUCGUAUCCCGGAAUGACGCAGCCAUUCUCGAUGACGCACAGUUCCAACAUGAGCUCAGUAGGCGUCCGUCAGGAUUCGAUGGGAAUGUCCGCCGAAGACGAGUGGUACAACAAGAGUUUAUCCGCGCUCCGAAUGAACAGCUCGCACCACCCAAACCUGUCAGCACCGAUGCUGCAAUACCAAACAUAAUUAAUGUAGGAUCAAGCUUAACCUUUCCCGUAAACUGUUGAACACCGCCGACGUCCACCCACGAGACAGGCAGAAAAGAAAGUUGUUCGCAGUAGUUUACCGAUUUAGUAAAAGAAAUGAAUGAAAUCUAGUCACCUAGGAAGUAAAUAAUUGAAAACAUACAAAACAUGAAAAUCCUCGUCUUCGAUCAAAGUAUGCGCGGGAUAGACACCCAUUCGAGUCAAAUGAAACGCCAUUUUGAAUGCAAGCCGCCCUCUGAACAGCAAACACAUACAAAUGCACGCACGCACACACUCAUCAGCAGCUGCAGCCGCAGUUCUCUGCCUGCAAUACAAUAAAUCGUUAAAAUUUCAUUAGCCUACUCAGUCGCGAAUGUUUAAUUGAAUCGAUUCGGCAGAGCGCACUAAAAACGUUAUAUUUAUUCGCUUCGGAUGCGAUCUUUCGCGGAAACGUUUACUUGCUGUUAAUCGGUGUGACGCCGUGCCAUAACCCCGCCGCCGUU